ACUACAACAUUACAAUGCAAUUUUGAAGUGACUGUGUAAUUGCAGAUUUUUUAUUUCUUUUGGUCAGCACUAAUUUUUUUUGGAAUUUCUCCUCCAUAGGAAACUUUCGUUAAAUUGGCAGGGGUGGGGAGAGGCAGAAUUAACGUCAACAUUUCUUAUGAAACAAAUUCCAAAUUUCAAUUGGCUUUAUUUUGUUGCAGUUCCACAAUAUAGGCAUGUUUUUGUUUUUUGCCUCACUCCAUCAGAGGCAUAACAACUGGGCAGUCCUGUGCUCUGAGAGGCAGCAGCACACAGGACAGCAACUGCAGCCUGGCUACCAGUAGUGGCCACUGUUUUGUGCCCCUCAAGUUGGCACCCAGAGCUAGUGCCCCACUUGCUCUCUCUUAGUUACACUACUGCGUUCCAUACAGCCUUGUCUACACACAAGGUUACAUUUAGAAAUAGGAUGUUUUAACUAACACAAUGUUAAAUAUGUAGCCAGGGAUAUUUUUGUAAAAAUACAAAACAUCGACUGGUCAGCCCUAGUCUUAGCCAUGAACAGCUAACCUGUGUUUAAACACUUUCUCUACUCUAAAUUCCUAUUGCUAAAGAAUCAAAUAGGUCUAACAUGUCCUGUUGUAGCUGUUGGCCCUUCUGGGAAUUCUAGUUCCUGACUAAUCUUCAGAAUGAAACACAUGACCAGGAGGAAUCAAGCAGUCAGGUGAUUGCUAACACAGAUUAUGAGAAGCAGCCUGAGCUCAGCUCAACAGAGCCUCAGAAUUUAGAAAAGACUCAGUAUGAGGUCUAAUGCAGGAGAGUAACGGUCUGAAAAAGACCCUUAUCACUGGGAAGCUUCUUGUGAAGAGAAGGCUAGGAUAGGAGCAAGCAAGAUGAGUGGAAAAUUGUGAGGAAAGAAAUUUAGGAAUUUAGCUACAAGCAUUAGGGGUUGAAUGUUUUUAAUAGAAAAGUAUUACAGAAUUCCAAAAAUUUCAUUUGGAUUAUUAGUUCUGCAGCUUAUAAAUACUUCAACAGCAUUUCAGAAAGAGCAGCUAAGAUAGUGUUGUGCAGGUGUUUCAAGAGUGCUGUAAGGUGUUAAAUAUAACAGUUAAUACAAUUUGUGUUUCUUCUAAUAGGCUUUGUCUAUGAUGGAAAAAAGCAGCGGAGGUUAAAAUCAGCCUCAGCACCACAACUGGGGACACAUUUGUGCUUAAUCGGAGUACAUUGGAGGACUGGGGCUGUGGUCAGCAUUGUGGAGAUGGGGUUUAUAUGAAUUAGGUGACCCUGGGCAACACUUUUUGUCAAUUACAGUUCUUUGUAGUACACUUUCUGUUGCCUUAGCCAAUCUCAGUUUAAAUGCCUUGAGCAAUAAAAUCUACAUUUCUAUUGUAAUACAAAUGUGCAGGCUAAGUCCCAUCUUCAAGAAGAUUUUUAGUAACUGAUACCCUAUCUAAAUUACUAGUCUCAUCCCACCGAUAAUACUUCUGCCAUACCAAGUGCAUCAUUUGCUGUUACCAGAACUCUCUCUAGUUGCUGAGGUGUCUAGAAUGGAAUGGACAACAAUUGAUGAAGCUUGUACUGGUAUGUAUAUUAAAGCUGCCCCCUAUAUCCUUUUGCUUCUCCAACUUCCUUGCAAAUUCCUUUCCUCCCUUCCAUCUGUUCAAUCCAUAUGCAACUCCAGGUCCUUCAAGGUGGUUUAUCUCUUGUGAUCAGGAAAUGAUGAUGAUUAUUAUGAAUAUCCAAGCACAGAAGCUGUCAAGCUUGUGUCAUCUUUUUAGAAACAAGGCUUCAUAUCUUUUGUGAUUUUUGUACAAUAUGUAAUUUUGUAGGCGCACAGUAAUAUCAGUAAACUCAUGUUUUUAGGCAUCAUGGAAAUGUUGGGAAAGAGAGGGAAACCUUAACAGAAUGCUCCUAGGUCACCAGUCCUUAUGAUUUUUUUAAAGGUGAAUUUCCUUUUCAAAUGAUGUUUCUGGAUAUUUCAGGUCUUACCCAUACUAUAGUCUCUCAAUUUUGUAGCUGUCUGCUUUGGCUUCUGGGUCUACCAUAUUGUAAGAAUUGGGCCAUCACUAGUGUAAAACCAACCCCCCCCCCUUUUUUUUUUUGCAUCCUUUCUAUGUAGUUAAUCGAUCUCCCUGAAAUAUAUAUGCCAUUAACCUAAGAGGGAGCUAUUCUGUUCUUAAUUACACCAUAAAGUAAACUACUUUGGCUGUUGUGCAAUUACUCUGUAAUUAUAUCAGUGUAACAGGACAAUUCUCCUUUCAAUUAUUUUUUGGGUGUGGUUAAGUAACUUCCCUGUCUUGUCUUCUACUGCUUAUUUAUUUCAAAUUGGUGUAAUCUGAUUAACAAUUUGCACAUGAUUUUACAUGCUAAUUUUUACGUGCCUCUGUGCAUGUGUUGUGUUAUAUAUGGGCUUCCGAAAGUGGUUGUAAGGAAGCUUGGUUUUGUAGAGCAACUGUCUCUGGUCUGUGAGGUGUAAAUGACUUGAGCUAUUAUGCUAAAAUGCUUAAGAGGUAAACCUUCAUAAUUCUCAGCAGCAAAGAACUGUGCAUCGGAGUCAGUAAGCACAUGUGGUAACUUUGUAACCUCAGACCAGCAGCUUUCCAAUUAGGAGCUAAUGUUAAGUGCAGUGACCUGGCACAUGGCCUUAAUAUUUAUUUAUUCAAACUUGUAAACCUAUAUCAAGAAACUUGCCUUUCUCUGAUAGUAUGGGGAAAAGAGGGAGAAAAAGAUGCAGCCAACACUACAACAGUCAGCUGAAUUGGAGGUGGAAGGGCAAAUGGAAACAAAACUUUCUCUUGAAUCUGACUUUGUAACAGGAACUUCGCUACUGAAAAUUAAAGUUCAGAGAGCAGUGAGAAAUAGCAAGGUUUGACUAAAGGGAGUGAUCAAGUUCUGGGGAAAGAUGAACCGAGUUGCACCACACCUGGGUGCUGCUGAUUUAUUCUUGGAAGAGGUCAGAGGCAGGAGCAGGAUUGUAGGAAGAGAUGAGGGAGUCUGGUUAAGUACCUAACCUUCUAAUCACAGAGCAUUUCCCUUCGGUAGAGACUCAUGUAUUAUGUGAGUUAAUACAGAACCAGGGUUUUAAAGUCAGUCUAAAAGUAUGAAAAGUGAUCUAAACUUGGCAGGUGUUGUUGUCUUAAACUUUCCCAUGUUUAAGAAAACGUGGAGGUGGUGUUGCUGCUGUUUUCCAUUGCUGUCAUGGGUGCAGAAACCCCAGCCCUUAGUAACAAACGUGGGGUGAACUGUGCGCUAUAAAGAACCCAUCCGGGUUUUCUGAGCUAGCAAGUUGAAGGCGAGAUGACUGUCAGGCUGAGGGCUUUGAAUGCAAAGCAUGGGGCGGUGGGCUGCAUCCACUUCUAGAGGUGCUUUUCUAGAUGGGACUCGAGGUGUCGGCCUACCUAGAAGGCCCUUCAUGAAGAACAGGUGGGGCCUUGAUUCUCUACACCUAGGUCGCUAUCCUUCCUUCUACAGGAACCUCUGCUGGCCCAUCUUCAAGCCUUACCUGUGAGGCUGACUUUGGCGUAACCACUGUUCUUUAUCCCUGCUUUUUAUAGAGCCCUUUCUUCUUUUGGAGGGAGUUGUUUUGGUUCUUUGGUUGCCUGUUUUCAAUGAAGUCAGUUCUCCCGAGUUGCCCCCUCAGUCUUCACCUGUCUUGAAAAGGAGGUGGCUGGGGUAAUGCUGGCAGGGGGCUGAUCUUCCCAGCCCUUGUGAAAGGACUCCUGAAGCGCUACGCGUAUCAUGGGUCCCGUGCCGGCAUGGGGCUGGACCAGGUGCCCGCGGGUGGGUCCCUUCCAGCCCGGCUUCCCCCAACACGGGAUAAAGAGCCGGCGCCCCUUCGCAUUUGGGAAACCAGUUGCGCCCGAGCCCUGGCAGCGCUCGUCCACCGGCCCCCAGCCUCCUUCCCUCACGCGUGGGGGGACGCUGCGGUCAACUCUCCCUCCCCGCAUCACUUUGUCCCCCGGGUGGAGGGGAAAGGCCGGGUGGGGGGAGGAGCGCGAGCCCCGGAGCCGGAGCGCGGUGCUCUGCUCCCCGCCCGGGGGGUCGACGGAGGCGGGCAGGCAGAGGUGAAGCGGGCGGCUGGAGCUCGGUCGCCCCCGGGCUGGCAGCGCGCGCGUGGCUCGGAUCGCGGCGGCCGGCGGCUUCCCGCGCUCUCCCGGCACGGAGCGGGCUGCGCAGCGGCGUCUGGACAGUCGGCCCAAUAUGUCAAGGCCCCUGAUCACUAGAUCGCCUGCAUCUCCAUUGAACAAUCAAGGCAUCCCCACUCCAGCACAACUCACAAAAUCCAAUGCACCAGUUCAUAUUGACGUGGGUGGGCACAUGUAUACCAGCAGCUUGGCCACACUUACUAAAUAUCCUGACUCAAGAAUUGGAAGGCUUUUUGAUGGCACGGAGCCUAUUGUUUUGGACAGUCUCAAGCAGCAUUAUUUCAUCGAUAGAGAUGGGCAAAUGUUCAGAUAUAUUUUGAAUUUCCUACGAACAUCAAAACUCCUCAUCCCUGAUGAUUUCAAGGACUACAGUUUGUUAUACGAAGAGGCAAAGUAUUUUCAGCUUCAGCCCAUGCUGGGUGAAAUGGAAAGGUGGAAACAGGAUCGGGAGACUGGCCGUUUUUCAAGGUCUUGCGAGUGCUUGGUGGUACGUGUAGCUCCGGAUCUUGGAGAGAGGAUUACACUGAGUGGGGAUAAAUCCUUGAUAGAAGAAGUUUUUCCAGAAAUUGGUGAUGUGAUGUGUAAUUCUGUCAAUGCUGGCUGGAAUCACGACUCCACACAUGUCAUCAGAUUUCCACUAAAUGGAUACUGUCACCUCAACUCUGUUCAGGUACUUGAGAGGUUGCAGCAAAGAGGAUUCGAGAUUAUUGGCUCGUGCGGAGGAGGUGUGGACUCUUCCCAAUUCAGUGAAUACGUACUGAGGCGAGAACUUAGAAGGACGUCUCGUGCACCCUCUGUCAUUCGAAUAAAGCAAGAGCCUCUGGACUAAAUGGACAUGUUUCUUUAUGCAAAAAAAUAUAAAAAAGGGGACAUUUCAUGUGCAGUUUGGACACCAAACGAGUCCUGGAACUAAAAUUGAAUAAAGACACAUUUAUAUCAACUAUAGAGACCACACCUGAAUUCAUAUGGGAACAUUUCGAAUAGUAAUAAUAACCUGAAGGCAUAAUAUGUAUCUAUCUCUAUCUGUAUAUAGAUAUCUAUAGCUAUAUCUACAUAGCUAUAGAUAGAUAUCUAUAUAUAGAUCUAUAUAUAGAUAUAGAGAUAUACAUACACACAUACACACACAUAUGUAAGUAUGUGUGUCUGUGUGUGUGUGUGUGUCUCAAGAGGUAGGAAAUGCAAAAAAAAUAAAGUGGUAGGUGAGGUUGGUGCUGUGAUGGCCAGUAAGUGUCCUAGGCCUUCUUGAGGCCCACUUAAUGGUAAACAAGCCAUUACCACUGGGGCAUACACAGAUUACUCCUGUACAUUUUCCAUUGCCAGACAGUCAUCCACUUUUCAAUGUAUACACCUUGAUUCAAGUUUAUUUGCAUAUGGAGAUUUAUGUCUGUCUUUUUAGAGGUGAAUGGGCAGGACUUCAGAAAGCAUCCAUCCACUGCAUUGGAAAACUAGUCAGCUGAUAUGUUACACAUAGUUUGUACAGAAGCCACACAUUUUUGUCUGCCCUCACUGAUGUGAAAGGUUACUUUUUGUUUUUAAAUGUUUUUCAUUUUUGUUUUUUUGUUUUCAAAGGGGGCCAGAAUUAAUCCUUGGUAGAGUUGCUCUGGUUUGAAUCUGCUGCUUUCCUACAAUUUUUCAAAUUUUAUAAUGUAUUAAAUACAAUAAACGCUGUUUAAAAUAACAAGGGUCUGAUUUAAAGCAACAAAAGCAAAAAUGGAGUUGGUAUCAUGAGGCUUUAGCUCAUUCUGUUAUGUGACUAGCUACUAACAGGUCUGGAGGUGAACAGUAAAUGAUCAUGCAUAAGAGUGAGAAAGCUGCAAUAUCAAGGCAUGAUGGAGUGAGUGAAAGAAAACAGAUACUCUUAUUGGUGCACCUUAUAUUGCUUGCUUACCUUCAGUAGUAGGUUGUUUUUAAGAUCAGCCCAAGUUUGAAGGGAGAUUGUUGUUCAGACUUGAAGGAUAACAAAAUUCAGGGCAAGGAAACCAGUCAUGAAACUAAUGCCAGGUCAGUGUUCUGGAAACUGUAAUGCAACAAUUCAUAGUCACAUCACUCCUUCUGAAACGUGAAGUUGGUAUCUCUGACUGAAUUUCUUGCUUUGCUCAUUGUGUUAGGCUGUUUGGGGUUUUUUUUUAAUAUCCUUAAAUACUCGUUUAUGGCUUAUGUAGUUCUGCAAGUUAUUCUUAUUUCGUGAAGUCUCACUGAAACCAAUUGUGAGCAUGCCCAAUUCAUCUCAAUUAGAUUUUGCCAAGUAAUCAUACUGUAUAAUGACACUACUGAACAAACUGUUCACAGGUUGAUGCUUUUAUCUCAUAAAAUGCACCAGCAAACACAUUAUCUUUCCUCCAAAGUACCUCUUGAUGCAAUACUACACAAUAUGUCUGUACAUUCAUCUUUCUAUGAAAACAUCUAUCGACACGGUGAUGCAAGAAUUCCAUUCAUUUCAGUGCUAUUUAUUUAAGAAGUGUUAACAGUAAAUAUUCCAUGUAACAACAUUUUUAAUACAGCUCUGAUAACUCAAAAUAGUUAAUCGAUUUUUUUAAAAAUUUUUUAUACAAAAAAUGGGGAAGAAGUUAAAUAUCUCCAUGGCAGUGUAUGUUGUUGUGGUCCAAUAUGAUCCAGAUAUGAAACCAGUGGGGAAAAGUUCCAGAAAUCAGAGUUGAAUAGACUGUUAUAAAGUGUACUGAUGCUGAUCUGGAGGUAUACAUUUAUGAAAAACUGAAAUAGCUAUACAAUUUAAAGUGCUUGGUUUUGAGUGACAGCUAAUGCUCCUCUUUACAAAAUAAAUGCUUGUAUUUUUUCUUUUCAAACUGUAGUUGAUAAUUUGCAAAGAGGUAGGAAAGGAAAAAGCUGAACCCAUGGGAAAUAAAUGUUUAAUAACUCCUGAAAAUAAUUGCCACCUGUUAAAAUAUUCCCAUGGGUUGAAAAUGGAUUGGUAUUGGUAGUUUGAAACAAUUGUGAGACUGAAUCUGAAAACCUGCCUAUAUAUUAUGGAAACUUUGCCCAUUUCUUUGGGCCAGUGUAACUUCUUAUCAUGCACCUGAAUUCCUUCUACUCUGUAUGGACCCAGAAACUAGAAAGGUGAGCAAAGGGACGGGAUGGGAGAAAUAAGGGUCAUCAAAAAAAUAAUUUUAUCGUAUCCUGUAAAUUCUGUUACUAAGCAUUUCUGCUGCUGUUUUUCAAGCUUCCACAUGUUGUUUAGAUGGUAGUUUUGUGGCUCUUUGUACAGUGUACCUGUUCAGCUCAGUGAAGCAGAAGAUAACUUCCUGCUCUUUUCAAACCCUUGACUAGCCAGAUACACUUUUAUUGAAUGCUCAUUCAUUAUGAAUUGAGACGUAAAUCAUUUUAAGACCCUGAAUGUAAAUGUCACUGCAAUUAUGUUGUAGUUAUGGAGCAAGAGGUCAUGAAUAAACAAAGCAAUGAUUGAUGAAAAAUGAUACGCAGGAAUAAACUAAAUGGAGAUUUCAUAGAGGAAACUGAUGAUUAGUCCUCUGCAUGGGUCAAUGUGUUUUAAAAAUCUUUAGAAAAUAGGAUCAACAGAUACAAUAGCAAACAUGCUCAGGAAAAGAAACAAAAAAAGGACUAAAGUAAGAACAGCUCUGUUCUGGAGGAAGAGAAUUUUUACAUAUACAAUAGUUUUAAUAUUUUUAGAAGUAUAACUACAUUUUAUGCCAUGAGUGGUUGCUUUAUUUCACCCUAACAAAUGGAAAAAUUGCAAUGAAUGCCAGCUGCCAACUCUGCAUUUCUAGCAGCUUGAUAAAGUGACUAUCAAAGGGUCUGCUAUGGACAUAGACUGAACUGCCACAUGACAAAUGUCCUUAAAAUAAAACUGAGGGGGAGCAAGGCUCCGGUUUUCAGAGAACUGUGACUUUAUUGUUGCUUUUCAAAAAAUUCACCCUGGAUUUUACACGUAGUCUUAAGAACUUUCAUGGGUGGAUCUUACUUUCUAACUUUCCCAACUUCUACCUGUCUAUACUGUACAAUGACAGUAUGUUUAAAAGACAGACACACUCUUGAAACUUCCAAAGUGGUGAGUUCCUGAAAUUGAGUUGGUAGUCUAUAUGGUCAAGUAGGAGAAGAUUAAGUCCAGUAAGCUCCUCCUUUAGUCCCAGAUUCUAGUUUAUAGUUCACUGUACCAUUUCUCCCCUGUUCAUUGUGAAUCUAGGGAAAGAUGAACCGUGUCUUUCAAGCUGCACUGGUCAAUAGACUCAUGUUUUCAAUUGCUGGCUAGCAGGGGUUCAAAUUGUGUUUGCCUUACUCCAUGUGAAAGCUAUAUGACUGAAGACCUAGCAAAAACCUAGGUCUGACAUCGCUGGCAACAGAGGAUCCUCUGAAAGUAUGAAAGUUGAGCAAUCUACGCUGUAAUUCUUGCUCCCAUUGUUAUACUGAAAAGGAAAUGAAUUCAGUUUACAAAGAAACACCUUGUUCAUGGACACACUUUUUUUUCAAUAGACCUUUUGAAAUUGGUUCCUGUUUUAAUGAUGAUUAAUUUUAUAUUUCUGUGAAUGAUUUAACAAAUACACUGUCUCUUUAAAGUACAGAUUAGGAGGGAUUUGUAUUUUUAUUUUUAAGAAAACUUGGGAGUUCUACAGGCCAUUGGCCAGUUUUUAGAGAAAAAAAUCUUUUACUUUAAUCUGUCAAGUCUUUACAGAAGAAUUCUAUAUUAUGAAUUAUUUCAAGUGGACAACUAGUAUUUGUAUGCAGGCAUUCUUGCUGCCUGAGGUUUAUUUACAGUGGAAAUGAAACCAAGAAACCCUUAGGGUUCUUAGACCAGUUGAUUUUUCUCAGAUUUCAGUUUGAGUGGUUUAUUAUUUCUUGAGGGACUGGAGGGAUCACCAGCACCAAAAUCAAUACUUUACAGCAAGCCUUUGUGUUGUCUUUGGCUAUUACCUCUCUGAUCUGGUUACUCAGUUCUCAGAAAGCAAAACUGGGUGAGCUGGCUGUAUUCGAGGCUGGAGUACUUGAUUUCAAAUUGCCACCCCUCUUCUAACGUAAAUGUUAGAUACAUAGAAGGAUUGAGUCUCCAUAGUAUAAGGGUCUCCUUGUGACAUUUUUAUAACCAUAACUUGCUAAAGCUUUGUUUUCAGAGAAGCCAACAACUGACUUCCAUGUUAUAUGGCAUGUUGAUACCAGCCCUUGAAAAUGUCCUGCUUUUGAACAUAACAUUUGGUUUCAAAAGUAGAAAUACAGAUGCUGUAUAUUUUGGGGGUUUUUUAAUCUAUGUUCUUACAAAUUUCUUGGCAGUUUAACACGACUAAUAUCUCUGCUGUCUGGCCAGGAAAUAACUAUAAAAUGUUAUCAAAAGGCCCAAAAUUUAAACCCAACACAGUGAAAGUGAUUUAUUAGGGACCAACUUCUGUUUUCUGCCCCAUCACUCACACUGGCCGUGUCUACACGAGCGGUGGACUGUGAAGUUGUUACUGCAUAGGUGUUUAGUACUUGCUUAUGCAUAAGCAAGCACUAAAUGUCUGAGCAGUAACCAGCGUUACUGCACAGUACCAUUGCCACACGGGUUUUUUCAGAUGCAGUUAGGGCCUGCCAACGCUACUGCGCAGUGUAGAUGCGCCCACUGAAUAAUAAUUUGCUGCUUCACUUAAUCCCAUGUGGAUUUAAUUCCAAGAAUAAGGAACUACAUAAUAGGUUGAUAGAAUUGGGCCCAAAUUAAUAAACUGUUCAAAAUUGUAUAUAUUUUAAAAAGAAAACCAAUGAAGAUCAAAUAAAGUGCGUUUCACUCAGACUCUUCUUUCACAGCACAAUUGAAACACAACAUUCCAGGGAAUGCUGGCAUUUUCAACCAACUUGAAAAACGCGUAGUAGUUUCAUCUGUCUAUACAUACAAACCCCUGUUGGGUUCCUCCGGUCACUUAUAUUGCACUUAUGACUAGAUUUUGGUUUGCCUUCUUGGAUGGAUGGUGAAGGGGGUGCAACAGAUCCAUGUGAUUUGUCUCUGUACUCUGAGUUGGGACUGAAAAAUGAGCUAAUCUAUAAUACAAAAUGGUCUUUAUGUUUCUGCUCUAUUAUGUAGCUUGUCAGAAUUAUUUUUUUCCUGAGGAAAACAUGUAAUAUGGGAUGCCUGACCUUGCCUAGUCACCAUUAUUAAGCAGCCUGUAAUUUAUAGGAAUGCAACAUAUUAAGUACACACCUGGACAUGGGUGUUUGACUUAAAAAAGAAAGGUCUUUACAUAAGGUCUCCAUUAACACUCUAGCUUAAUGUACUGUUACUUGUACUCAUUCUGACUUUCCAUUGAGACAUAUGGAUUAGUGAGGACCAUAAAUGGAUGUGUGAUGCUUUGAUUGAUUCAUCCAAAAGAAAUUUCACUUGAUUUCAAAAUGAGCACAUGAGACACUAGUUCUAAAGAUCUGUAGCAGCUAUUUCACUAAUCCUUAUGAUUUCCUAAUAAAUUGCAUACUUCACAUUUGUA